AUGAAGCCAACGUCUCUCGUCCUGCUCUUUGCCGCUACAGCACUCGCCGCCCCGCAGGCAAUAGUAUCAUCCGUGGCGACAUCAGACACAAUCGUAGCUGCAUCCUCGAGCACCACCCUUACCACUGUGGCCUCAAGCUCACAAGCCCCUGCCACCUCCGCCACCUCCGCCCUCUCAACCUCAACUACACCCUCAAGCACCACUGCAACCACCGCAGUAUCGAUCUCAUCCGCUUCCGGCGCAGCCGCCACUGCGACUACCAGAUCCAAAACCAUCGCAACCAAAACCAUCGCAACCAGUCCCAGGCCUACCGCGAGCCCGUCCUCCAGCUCUUUCCUCUCAAGUCUCAGCGCGGCAGCCUGCAAGAAGGUCACAGCCGCGAAUGCCGCCACCCUCGCCCAGAUUGCGAAACUCAAAUCCCGCGGCAUCGCCGUCCCCCCGUACCUGUCUGGAUACUUGCUCGCUGCCAAGGUGGCGGAGUCGGAGUUGGGCUGUUCGGCGUCGGCUUCAGCGUCAGCAGCGACUUGA